ACUAGUGGUAGGAGAUCUACAGGUCAGAUAGGUCAUAUGGAGGUCACUUGAAUCUUUAAUGUUGCACUUGAGUAGCUAUGCUCACAAUAUUAUUGUUCUUCGCUGAAAUCUGGGCCUAGGAAGUUACUACAGGCGUCAAACCAGGGAGUUACGUCUGGAGACUUUGGACAGGGCAAAAAGAGAAGUAACCAUACCUGCGCCGCUCCGAGGAAGAGCGAAACUGAGUUGCAAAUUAUAAAGGUGGGAGGGGGGCAUACUCUGUUUGCCCCAAACAGCAAAAUUACACUAGCAAGGAGGACGAAGAACAUGAGUUGAAAUCAACGUUUGUUAACCAGUGAAUUUGUCUUCGAUGACCAGUUGAUUUGAACAGUAGGCUUACUACUCGAAACGAUUUGCCGGAAAUUAUACAGUACAGUAGUGAAGAAGAGACACCUGUUGACCUGAAGAGUGAAUAGCAGUGGAAGAAGACGAUGUCGGCCUUCUGUCAUUCCGUCUUACGACUCUCUAACUUCAUAACCCGAUCUAGAAUAGCAGUAAAAAGGCUCAAGUUUGUCUCGAGGCCCUUGCUACCGGCGUGCCCACCGGCAGUUAGGAAGCUGCCGAUGAUCUGCGCUGCUGGGGUCCUGCCAGUAGUCCAUGCAUGGUGGGGUCAGUCAUCUACAAGUACCCCUGCCCCUGAAGAAGGGACCACUGCAGAGGUGACAGACCCCGUACAGCAGGCCAUUGUCCAGGCAGAUGAGCUGUACAGCUUAGGGGACACCGUGGAGCUGUACCAGUUCCUAAUACAGCACAAAGACUCUGAUGAUGCUGGCAUACUGUGGAGGCUGGCACGGGCUACCAGAGACUAUGCACACCUAUCAACAUGCAAGCCAGAGGACAGAAAAACUCUGACAUAUCAAGCAUUGCAGUUUGCUGAGCAAGCUCUUCACAUCAAUCCGAAAGAUUUUGCUUGUCAUAAGUGGUAUGCUAUCUGCAUAAGUGAUGUUGGAGACUAUGAGGGAACAAAAGCAAAAAUUGCAAAUGCAUACGUCAUCAGGGAUCACUUCAAGGAAGCCAUUGCACUGAACCCUGAGGAUGCCACAUCCGUCCACCUGUUAGGUCUGUGGUGCUUCACAAUGGCAGAAAUGCCUUGGUAUCAGGCAAAGAUAGCUUCAGUGAUCUUUGCAACGCCACCGACAUCCACCUACGAUGAGGCACUGGGAUAUUUUCUUCAAGCUGAAAGUGUUGAUCCCGGUUUCUACAGCAUGAACCUGUUGAUGCUUGGGAAGACUUACAUGCGUUUGGGGAACACCUCGGCUGCCAUGCUGUGGCUAGAAAAGGUUCAAACCUGCCCCUCAAAGUGCGAAGAGGAUACUCAGGCCAAGCUGGAAGCAGAACAGCUACUGAAGACCUUGGGUGCAGCAAGCUAAUGACCCACAGAUCUGCCCAGCUUACUAAUAAUGCUAGUACAUGAUGAAUGUAUUGGCAAGUUUUAGUUAGCAGUGGUGCUGCUACACUGAAGAGUGAAAGCCAUCUUGCCAUCCUAGAUGUUCUUCUGAGCUUCCUGAUCUUAACACAGACAUGUGCAAGUUUCAACAAGAGUAGCCAAGUUUCUGGACCAUGUUGUAUCCUGCAGAUGAAUUCCCACAUUCAUCUUGUUUUCCCGCUCUCCCUAUAGUAUUUAUUUAUCCAUGUAGUGAGUACAUAUCUGUCAUGACUAGGAAAAGAACACCCUUUACAAGGACUGUUACUACUAACUUCAAAUAUUAUUCCUGACUGAGCUUUCACUGAUGAAGUCUCUGAGCCAGUCUAGAGUUGUGAGAUGUGUAACAACCUGAAUACAGUUGCAAUCCUGCUUUCUUCA